CAGUCACUCGAUGCAUAUUCGACACUCUAGACAAGGCUGUUACGUUCCAACAAGGCUACGGUAGCCUUGACCUGGUCGAGCCUCAGGUAACGGGCACAUCAUGAACGGCAGGCUGCUAAAAGUCAAAACGUACCAAUCCCCUUCUGUGGUACAAUGCGCAUGGUUUGUUGGGGAGUUGCGGAAAGUGACGAGAUCCAGGGAGAGAAGGAGAGACGGUGAAGUAAGGUUUAGUCGAGAUGUUGGAGCAUGCCGUCCUGCGCUAGGCGCCAAUGCAUCGCUUAACCCUCUUACAUUCACAGUCAUUCCCACAGCUCUCAGUGCGAGCCUCUCUUUUCAUUACUCACUCAUUUCCUCAAUCCCCCUAUCUCUUCGACGUUGCAGCAAGCAGCGCAUCGCCCAAGUUGGCCACCAUGGACGUCGCAAGCCUGCGUGAGCAGAUC